AAGCGGUCGACCCUCGCGUGGAGUGCUCCUCCGUGCGCACUUAUGGAUGACGAGUUCCUCUCGAACCUUCCCGCGGAGGCUCUGAGCCCCAACUCCACGGAGGUACCCGACCCGUGGUCGUCCGCGGACGGCACGGAGACCGUACACUUCGUGGUGCGCUGCGUGAUGACCUCCGUGUAUAUUCUGAUCAUUGUCGUGGGUCUGCUGGGCAACAUCACGCUGGUGAAGAUCUUCAUCACCAACAGCGCCAUGAGGAGCGUGCCCAACAUCUUCAUCUCCAGCCUGGCGGCGGGAGACCUGCUGCUGCUGGUCACCUGCGUGCCCGUGGACGCCUUCCGCUACUUCUCCGAGGAGUGGGUGUUCGGAGAGGCGGCGUGCAAACUCAUCCCCGUCAUCCAGCUCACCUCGGUCGGGGUGUCGGUGUUCACGCUCACUGCGCUCAGCGCUGACAGGUAUAAGGCCAUAGUAAACCCCAUGGACAUCCAGACAUCCAGCGCUGUCUUCUGGACGUGUCUGAAAGCUGUUUCUAUCUGGUUGCUUUCCGUCCUGCUGGCUGUUCCUGAGGCUAUUUUCUCUCAAGUUGUCUCCAUGCAGGGUCACAGGGACAACACAAAUGUCACCUUUGUGAACUGCGUGCCCUACCCGCUGUCCAAUCAGAUGCAUCCUAAGAUCCACUCAGUGAUGAUCUUCCUGGUUUACUUCCUCAUCCCUCUGGCCAUCAUCUCUGUAUACUACUACCACAUCGCCCGCACGCUCAUCAAGAGUGCCCAUGACAUGCCGGGGGAAGUCAGCGAGCACACCAAGAGACAGAUGGAGACGAGGAAGCGUCUGGCUAAGAUCGUGCUGGUUUUUGUGGGCCUGUUUGCCCUGUGCUGGUUCCCAAACCACGUCCUCUACAUGUACCGCUCCUUCCACUACCACCAGAUGGAUCUGUCACUGGCCCACCUCGUCAUCACUCUUCUAGCCCGGGUCCUCAGCUUCUCCUCGUCCUGCGUCAACCCGUUCGCGCUCUACCUGCUCAGUGAGAGUUUCCGCAGACACUUCAACAGUCAGCUGCGAUGUGGUCGAGGUCCUCGCCCUGAGCGCCAAGCCAGCUAUCUGCACAGCACCUCCCACAUCCGCCUCACCUCAAUCAAGAAAAACACGCCCACUGCUGCCCUCGCUCCGGCGGCCAAUGGAAACCCCAACAGACAGGAAGUGGCUCUGUGAAGCAGGACGCUAAGAGUCUGACAUUUUCAGCUUCACCUCCUCCCGAGUGUGAAACGUUGGACUAUCGUAGGAGAGGUUUUCUGUUGCGGAGCGGCGAUGGAUAGAUGGGUGGAGGGAAGGACAGCGGACACAAGUCUUGUACAAGUCGAAUGGCUGCAACAGUCGCUCCUUUCCCAUCAGACUUAUCGUCUACAUCCUUACCUUGGCAACCAAACAGAAAGUGCCUCUUAGAAAUACAAGACGAACACGGACAGUAUUAAAACUAAGAACACUUUUUUCCAGGACGAUUCUCCAGAUUUAUUAACCGUAACUGCAUAAAAAAUAAAGAUGGAUGGAAUCAAAUUUGUGAGAAAAGCCUCACAGACUUUAAAGCCGACAGCAUGGCUGCAACGUUAGCAUAUCUGCAGCUAUUGCACGUUUUCUCCAUGCUUUGCUGCCGGGAGGCUCACCGUCAAUGGACUCAUCUAAAACGCCAUUUUUGUGUGUUGAUUUCACUGAGUGGGCUCGUUUGUCUGCUGCCCUCAGAUAAAAGUGUCAGAACUCUCAGAGGAAAAAUGUUCACGUCUUAUCCAAGGAUGUCUCGGAGAAUGCUCGGAGGCUACUCAAUGAUGGGGUGUUGCCUGUCUUUUUCCGAACUCCUGCUAAAACCAUUUGGAGAUGAAUGCACUUGAACCUGAAUCUGUUUGGUAGCUCCUUGCUUUUGUGGCUCUGUUGCUUGCUGUAUCCACCAGGUUUUAACAGCUAACAGUCUUAAAACAUUUUUUGUGAAAAGUGCUUCUCUGGUGCCAGCUUUAGUUUUUCUGGAUGUCACAUUACUGGAAGCAGCCUUAAACUCUUUAACUUGCUGUGUGUGUUGAACUCAUAAGGACCUCUGACGAGAACAGGGUCUGGCAGGGCUGCUCUCGUUAGCCCUCUGGUCCUUGAAAAAUAACACAGGCGGUUUGAGUUGGAGGCCAGCAGGCAUUUGUCCUCACCAAGGUCCUGCUUGUGUUUUCAUGGAGCAAAUCUCAAAGUGCUGCUGGGUGUUAGGAAAGUACCCAGUGUGGCCUAUUUCUGCAGGCGGUAGCAUCGCCAACCUGAGAAGCUCGAGCACAGAGUGUGAUCCAUAAUCCUCUGCUGGAAAGCUGCGGGUCACUUUCUCUUGCUUCAAAUUGAGUCGCUGGCCAAACUGAGGAAGCAUCUUGGGUCUGAUUGAAAAUGACUGACAGGCACAUAGCUUAAGCUGAGCCUGAAGUUGCAGCUCUUGAUUUACUCAUGAGAAGAAAAUGAUCUUGUUGGAAGCAAUGUGAGAUCGUUAAUUUACUUUAAUGUAUAUUUGUACAGGAGAAAUUCCCCUCACAGCCAACAAACAGCAGCUCUUGCUUUUCAUUUUAAAAUAAAUGCUGCUGUUGCCAUAGUUUUGGUGUUAAAAGGGGAACCUGAAACCGUCUGCUCACAUCAGCAGAGUCUCUGUUUUACUCAGAUUCCCUGAUGUUUCUGUUUUUGAACUGCAGACUUUAAUGUUGCUGUUGUUUGGCUGCCAAUAAACUGCAGAGUCUUUUGAAAGGCAGCAAACUGUUCCUCCUGCUUUUCAUGUCAUCCGUCUCAUUAUCCUUCGAGCUUAAAGAGACUUUUGCUCUCCUGAUAGGUUUGAAAUGUCUUUUUCUGUGAGUGGUUUUACUUGUAGUGUAGUGGCACGAUUCCAGGCUUUCAUUUAUAUCGGCCUCCACAACUCUGAGAGAAGCAGAAGAAAAAAAAGAUUUUUACUGAACUACCGACCCGACACACUUCAGCCCAACACUGGACUUUAUUAUUGGCUCAAAUGUGAUGCAUACUUUGCAGUGCAAUCUUAGAUUGCAGAUUUAAAGUGGAUUAUGAUCAGGUGAUCAGGUGACCUCCAGAGGUAUUACAAAUUUCACUGACAUCAAUAUUUAGAGCUUUGGCUCACGAGAGUAUUUGACAAUGGAACCGGAGAUGUAAGUGAAAAAAGGGAAAAGCAGAUUGAUUCCAAUUUAAGAAGCUGUUAAAGCAAUGUAGAAACAAUAGGGCUUUAAACGUGGAUUCAGGGUGUUCUGGAACAUUAAUAAGAGCUCAAAUUAGCAAGUGCUUUGCUUCCAAACAAAUAUUAUUUGGUGAAUUGAUUGUUAGCCUGCUUGUAGAUAAAUCCCAUAUGCAAAGCAUUGCCCUGCUGUGCACUUCAUUAAGACUCCUCGGGUUAUGAAGUAAGAGUGACUAGUUUGAACUCCCUUUUCCUUCCAUAAUUACUAACUAAUUGCAUCACAAAUUUUUAUGGACCUGUGAAAUAAAGAAUUACACAGACUUAUGCUCUUGAGGACAGAGUUGUGACACACUCAUGCUCAUUUUUGAUCUCCUCAAUGAAUCCUGUUACCGACUGUUAACAAUCAGGAGCAGCUCCUCACCCAUCCAUGGAACAAGAUUACCAUCAUCACCCGACAAUAUCUUGCUCACCUGUAACUGAAGUCACCGCAGAAUGAGAUUUUGAUAAUUAGCCUUUCCUGGUGAAUGCAAAACCUAACAGAGCUUUGUGCUUCUGCCUUAGCAUGAACAACUGAUGGAGAAUCUGUGCCAUAUUUUCAAAGAGAUGCUGUGACGUCCUGUUGACCGUGUUUUGGUGUCAGUUUUCUUCUCUUUUAAACUGAGUGUGUUUUCUUUGAUGUUGUGCAUGCUUCACCUUCCUGUGCUGGAAAGUCCUGUUUGAAUGUCAGACACUCACGUAAUAAAUGCUUCUGCACAGGCACACACUCACACACCAAUCUGCAGCAUCAUUGCAUUUAUUUUAGUAGAAAUAAAUGUUUUUUAAAGGCUUAUUUAAAGUGGGGAGAGGACAGGUUACAGGGCAGCCUGGCUGCUGGUCGUCACCUCAGGCUCGUAGCUUUUAAAUUAGACAAUCAAAUGUAAGAAGCUGAAAUUACAGCGUGCAGGCAGCUGUCGACGGGCAGUGGGUGGAUGGACAGCGGUUGGUUCGUCACAUCUGUUGAACCUUAUAGUUUGACCA